ACAGAGUGAAACAUGAACUAGUGCUACUUAAUUAUAAUAAUAACCAAUUAAGAGAGGAGAUAUAUGGAGAAUAAUAAUUCCCAUGAGUAUGGUAGAAAAGUCAUGAUGAAGGAUGUCUCUCUUCAAGAGCUUAGAGAAAGGCUUGCUGAAUUUUCUAGAGUUAGAGGUUGGGAUCAAUAUCACAGUCCUAGAAACCUUCUUCUAGCUUUGGUUGGAGAAGUGGGAGAAUUAUCAGAGAUAUUUCAGUGGAAAGGGGAAGUUGCAAGAGGGUUACCUAACUGGACAUCAGAUGAUAAGGAACAUUUGGAGGAGUAACUUUCUGAUGUGUUGCUCUAUCUUGUUCAGCUAGCUGAUGUUUGUGGACUUGAUUUAGGCCAAGCAGCACUUACUAAAAUUGUCAAGAAUGCCAAAAAAUAUCCUGUUACUAAACCUACUAAUUAAUUAUCAUAAAUAGAAAUAUAUACAAGUUUCUUUUUUUAGCCAAAUAUUGUUGUAGGCAUCUUAAAAAGCUAGUCCUGUUAUCUUCUUGUUGUGGGAUGUGUUAGCAUAGCUAAUACUAAUGUUUGGUUGCUUUGUAUAACACUCAGCAUUAUCAAGUAUGUUUGGUUGUUAUUUUACUA